GGGCUUCCUCUCUGGACAGUCCUCAGUUAUCUCCAAAGCUGUCGGCCAUGGAUUCUGCUGUGUUCAUACUGAGUACCCUUCUGGCUCUUUUGGCUUCUUCUUCCCUUGCCUCCGGCGAAGUUGUUGAGCAUUUCUUAUACGUGACGAACGCUACGGUGCAGACACUAUGCGAGAAGCAAGUGAUUACAACAGUAAAUGGAACGAUGCCGGGCCCAACCCUACGCGUCCGUGAAGGCGACAGCCUCGUCAUUCAUGUUUUCAAUCAAUCUCCUUACGGCAUCACCCUCCACUGGCAUGGAAUUUUUCAACUAUUCAGCGCUUGGGCAGAUGGACCUGAAUAUACAACUCAAUGUCCUAUUAGCCCAGGAAAUAGCUACACAUACAGAUUCAACGUCACUAAACAAGAAGGAACCCUUUGGUGGCACGCACACAUCUUGUUCCUUCGUACAACUGUCCAUGGUGCCCUAAUAAUCCUUCCAAGAGACCAUUCCUACCCCUUUCCAAAACCCUAUAGAGAAGUUCCUAUUAUGUUUGGAGAGUGGUGGGAUUCGAAUGUGGUUGACGUGAUGAAUGAGGCAGUUGCCAAAGGCGAUGGACCAAAUGAUUCCAUUGCUUUCACCAUGAAUGGCCAGCCUGGGGAUCUCUAUCCUUGUGCUUCUAAUCGCACAUUCAAGCUGAAGGCAAUACCAGGCAUGACAUAUCUGCUGCGCAUCAUCAACGCGGCGCUCAAUACGCAAUUCUUCUUCAAGAUAGCGCGCCAUAAAAUGACGGUGGUGGCCAUUGAUGCCUCUUACACUAACCCAUUUGAAACAGAGUUCAUAGCCAUUACCCCAGGACAAACCGUUGAUGUUCUCCUAACUGCCAACCAAGUUCCGUCAUCUUAUUACAUGGUGGCACAUCCUUAUGUUAGUGGCAAAGGGGCACGGUCUACAAAUAGAGCCACCACCGGGAUUCUUGUAUAUGAGAAUGCCAAUUUAUCAAAAGCCCCAGUGAUGCCAUUGUUGCCAAAGCACAAUGACACAGCAGCGGCGCAUUGGUUCUAUUCUGGCCCAACCUCACUUGUGAAUGCACCUCAUUGGACUCCAGUCCCGGAAAAAGUCGAUGUGAAGAUGUUCAUCGCAACAGGCCUAGGCAUUGUCCCUUGUGAAAGACCUGGCGCGUGCACUGGCACUCUUGGGCAGCGAUUAGUUGCAAGCAUGAAUAACGAGUCAUUCAAGUUUCCCACCAAGCUAUCAAUGUUGGAAGCCUUCUAUUACAACGCAAGUGGAAUUUAUACCGCUGAUUUCCCUGAAAAGCCACCAAAGGAGUAUGAUUUCUCCAACUAUAAAAAUGUUAUGAACAAGGACCUUUUGAUGACACGACAAUCAACCAAAUUAAAGAAACUAAAAUUCAAUUCAACUGUAGAGAUUGUGUUUCAAAGCACAGCCUUGAUUGUCACCGAGAACCACCCAAUGCAUAUACACGGAUUCAAUUUCUAUGUGUUGGGUCAAGGUUUCGGCAACUAUGAUCCUAUAAAUUAUCCAAAAACAUUCAACCUUGUGAACCCACAAAUACGCAACACCAUUGGUGUUCCAGUUGCUGGAUGGCUCGCAGUCAGAUUUCAAGCUAACAAUCCAGGUGUGUGGUUGAUGCAUUGCCACAUGGAUACACAUUUAAUGUGGGGCCAAUCAAUGGCUUUUUUGGUUGAAAACGGGCCAACUCGGGAAACUUCAUUACCUCCACCUCCACCGGAUCUACCCAAAUGCAUGGAGUUGGGAUCUAUUGCAAAUUCCAAUUCCUCGACUCUUUUAUAUUCUUGAUGAAGUAGAAGUUUGUCUCAAUUUUCAAUAUAAUUAAUUAUUGUUUGUGUUU